GGAAGCUGAAAUUCUUCACAUAAAGAGUUAAUUAACUUAUAAAACUGUAUGCAAUGGGCUAUCAUUUAUUAAUUCGUCAACAAAAUCAAAGCAAGUAGGGUAUCUUCUUUCAUUAAGAAAACUACUUUAGGGCCCGUUUAUUAGAGCUGUCCCUGGUUUUCUGCCAUCUAAAAUAUACCAAAUGUACAAAAUUUAAGUGCAGAUCGUGAAUCAAGAAUCAAUAAGCAUCCUACCUACCAUUCUCAGAAUUCACCAGCUGUUCUUUGGAAAACAGACUACCCUACUAAAGGAACCUCUCGUAGAAAUAAAUGUGCCUAAGUGCAUUGUAACUGGAAGUAAAAAUUUAAAAAUUAUCACACUCUAGUCAUUUCCCUUGUAAGCUUCUUUAAAGAUUCCAAGUGUCAGGGUUUUGGGUUUCUUUAAAAAUCCUCUGAGCGAUCAUAGGUACUAAGCCUCCAAAUAACGAGUAUUCCUUCAUGUCCUUUAGACCAGAGAUAGAAAGGGCUGUGAAGAAAGAGCCUUCACCCUCGAAUGCUUCACUGGGCAGACACUCUUGUUUAUCAAGAUCAGAGAUCUAUUCCAAGUUGGGUAUGUGCUCAGUCACACCUGCAUUCUUAAACUUUCUGGUCUUUCUGUAAACCGAAAUUCUGAGAAGAACUCAAUCCUGGUGAAUACACGUUCCUAGUUCUCCUUGUUAUUUAGAACCCAGCCUGCCCCUUGCAGUAGUAACAGCCACAGCCCUGCCGUGGCUCCUGGGGAAGCCAGUGCAGGCAUAUGCUAUCCUCACUGGCAUCCUGGGCUCAAAUCUGGGCUUCCCUUUGUUUUUUCUCAAGGUGCCAUUAGCCUAUUUUAGUGUUAACUGUUAAUACAUUCACAGUCAGCUUUAGGCUCUGCCCUGAGCCUUUUCUCUGAGCAAAUUUCCAUAAACCAGCUAAGCCUAUUGUGUUUAUGAAUUGCCCAAAAUAGGUCUCAAAGUGCUGGAGCUCAGUGUAGUCACAUGGUUUAAAAUCUCCAGGAAAGGAAGGCCCCUCUGGGAGAAAGAAGAUGAUGUCUUCUGGAAAGGCACAGGCCCUAUGUAACAAAUCCUUUAUUUUGUCCAGUCUUGCUGCCCAUCGCCUGAAAAUCUUGGCACCAGCUACUCUGGGAACCAAAGAUCGCCUUUGGACUCCUGAGGAGCAGACCCCUCCCUCCUUCUACUUUUCAUCUUUCAUGCCCUUUUCCAGCAAACAUCUGGCCAAGUGAGAAGCUUCGAUGGUCACCAGGUUAAAGCAGCAAUUCAUCUGCGUCAUUAGCGGAGAGACAAGUAACAGCACCCCAAGUAUCUAAUUUCUGAAAAAAUGGGAUCCUUAAGAGUUCUUCAAAGAUAGGCAGAUCAGAAGUUUCUUUUACAUUGUUUGCCUUGUAGAUGUGUCCUAUCUUGCAGCAUCGAGUGUGUGAGCAUGUGCGCCAUGACAUCAGCAUCCCCGGGGAGCUUGCCGGAAAUGCAGGAUCCCAGGUUCCGCCCCACACCUGCUCAACCCAAAUCUGCAUUUAAGCAGGUCCCCAGGGGAUCCAGGUGCACGUUACUGUCUGAGAAGCUCAGUUUGGAGGGCAAGGACCCCUUGUUUACACACCUUUGCUUCCCCCUUGCACUUCUGAACGUGGAACUGAUCAUACAGGCCCAAAAGGAAUUAGUGAAAGAACACGUAAGUUUUGAAGCUUCCGCAGAAGACGAGUUUUUAGGCAUCUCUUAACCUUAAUAUCUUCUUGUGAAACAACAUGUCACCCUUAAUUUACAUGGUAGACUUUUUCUGCCCUUCCCCAUUUUAAAUGAGCCUUCUGAGCGACGUAGUAGGAUUGCUUAUAUGUUCUCAACGUGUCUUCAAAUGUGAAUUGCAGCCUUUCAAAUGUCUUCAUAAACAGAAUGGGAUUAAGGGAGCCAACCCUUGCAUGUUUUUGUUGGUGCAAGAGCUGUUGUGCAUUGAAGCCUCAGAGCUUGUCUCUUCCCACCUAUCCUCAGAGCCUGGGGGGACACCAAGUGAAUUUCACUUCUCCAGGUCACUGUGCCCUCAGGCCGUAGAUCACCCUUUGAUAGACCUCAGAGCUUUGUUUUGGAUCAGAUGGCAAGUAAUUCUUUUUGAUUCAUAAUUAACACAAACGCACCAAGAACAUAUUUGGAAGGCCCCAGCUACCAUCACAGUGCUGAUGUGGACAGGGAAACCCUGUCAGCUUGCAGGUUGAUGCAUGAAUAGCCAUUAAAAAUCACUUGGUCAACAGUCAGAAAUGCACAAGACAAAUGUGAUGAGUUGGCCUUACCAUGAGUUUUGAUUUAUAAGGCACUAUAAACAUGUAUGGCAAGUUUCUCAUAAGUUCGUUUUAAGCAUUUAAACCCAAACCAUGUCAAAGAUUUAAAUUUAGGGACAUGGUGUUACGGCUACAGGUAGACACAAGGCUGCACAUUUCUUGGGUUUUGAUGGUCUGACCAAAGUAGACAGCAUGACGUUCAGGGAGAAUUUGGGAGAGGGAAGUAUAAACAGUCUGAUCGGUUUGGUCUAAAUUGCUGGUUCCAGCUUAAAUGGUUUAAGCCGAUCUCAGCCAGCACAAUGUCAUACUUGUUUCUUAGGGUCCAAGGUUAGCAAAGGUGUUUUAACCAUUAGCGUUUUGAAAUCUGGCUCUCAGUCCAAUCUGAGUUCUAAUCCCAGCUCAGCCAUUUGACCACCUUAUAUUCAUGUGACUUCAGGCAAUCUUUCUAUUUCCUCAUCUACACAUAAGGGUAGUAACAUCGUGGAGAUUAAACGAGAUAAUGUAUGUGAAGUGCUUAUUAGCACAAUGCCUGGCACCAAACACUCAAUAAAAAGGUAUCAAAGAUGGCGAUGAUGACAAUGACAUGAAGCUUAUGGAACAGCAAGAAAGAAAGAUGGUCCACUGGACCCUCUACUCACUCUUUCUGCCUCAAGGACUGUUUCUUUGAUGUCUUCUAGUCUGUGCCUCUCAAAGUGAGGUCUCCCAGAAGGGCUGUGAUGACACCAAAGAUUGAUUUAUGCAGCAACCAUUGGAAGAGUCCUACUAAAUUCCUGGUGUUGGAUUAGGGGUGGGGCUAGAAAGAUGACCAAGAAGUGAUACUUUCCCCAGAGGAGUUAACAAAUCACUGCAGUAAAACAGUGGCUGUAAAGGAGUUGUGUGUACAUUACUCCAGAAUGCAGAUGAGGGGGCAUCCCUCUGCUUGAGGAUUCAGAGAGGGGUUCCCGGAGGAACUAUCUAAUCCUCUUUCAUUUUAGCCACCCCAGAAAGGCUGAGAGGAGGUAGUACCGAAGGGGAAAGUAAGGUCAGUAGGUAGAAGAUGGUAUUUUUACUUAAGAGAUUCUGAAGCUCUGGGUACCUGAGGAUCCUAAGGGUUAUGUGUAUGAAACAGAAUCCUGCACUCAGUAUUCCUGGGAUGGAGACCGGGAAUCUGCUCAUUUAACAAACCUGCCUGGUUAUUCUGAUGUAGGUGCUUCAUACUGAUAUCAAAAGGCUGCCUUGCAGAUCAGCACAAGUGGCAGCAAAGCCUUUAAUAGCUGGAAAAAGAUCACCAAAGAGCCAGAAAUGCACUGACUAUUCACACACCUGGCUAUUCACAGUCUUAAUCAGCUCAGGCUGCUGUAACAUCACCAUGAAGUGGGCGGCUUAACCAACAAACAUGUAUUUCUCACAGUUCUGGAGGUUGGGAAGUCCAAGAUUAUGGCACUGGCAGAUUUCAUGUCUGGUGAGAGUCGGCUUCCUGGAUCAUAGAUUUCACCUUUUUACUGCAUUCUCACCGGCAGGAGGGGGAAGAAGUUUUCUGGGGGUGGAGGGUGGGGUCUCUUUCAUGAGGGCACUAAUCCAUUCAUGAGGACUCCACCCGCAUGAUCUAAUCACCUCCCAAAGGCCCCACCUUCACAUAUCAUCAUAUUUAGGGGCUAGGAUUUCAACAUAAGAAUUUUAGGGGGACACAAACAUUCAGUCCAUAACACCUGGCUAGCCAUCUGACCCUAAGAUCGAAUGGCAAAGGAUCAAAGGCACAGAUGUGCUCAGGACUCGAGAACACUUGCCCAGGAACUUCAGAGGCUGUACAGGAGCUUCAAGGCCAUGGCAACUUUUAAAGAAGCCCAGGAUGUGUAAGGGAGGAGCAGACGGCACUCAGCUUGCAGUGGAUGGGUCCAGGUGUCUGCUUCUCCAGCUGGUGUCAGCAGGCACACUUCUUUCCUCUUCCUCUCCAAUCGCUUAGGCAAUCAUUUCUAAACAAGAUGGGACACUCGUCUUCUUCCUUCCUCCAGUACUUCAUGGGUACCACACUGCAAAACACUCCCUUUGACAACAUUACUAACAUGUUUAAAGGAAAUUUCCUCUAUAUCACCUUUCAUAAUUAGUAUUAACUGGAUUAAUAUUAAGUAGGGAAGGGAAAAAAUAAUUUCCAAGUGAAUGUUUUUUAUGCCAGGGUAAAGGACUAACCCUUAAAAGCUUAGGAAAAUCAGUUUUUGCAAAUUAUCUUUUCUGAAGCUUCCAGCUGUAUUAAAUGCUGACAGUUUUUAAGCACUGAGAUGAAAGAGACAAAUUCUUUUUCUUUUGUGUUGCUAAUUAUAAUUUUGCUUAGCAUUAUGAAGCCUGCUUUCCUCUUGAGACAUUUGCCAGCAUACAUUAAUUGUGCAAAUAUUUACAGACUGCUGAAGCACAGGGGCAGCUUAUACCAAAAAAGAUAUGGAACACUUGAAAAAAAAGCCUCUCUGACACUUUACAUUUGUGGCCAGCUACCCAGAAUCAGUGUAAACUAUCUGCCCCUCAGCCUCGGCAAAUGUGUUUAAGGAACAUUGUCCCUGGGUUGAUUUAGUGUUUACUUGGCUGGCAAUGGCCACUAAAGUCUUUCUUCAAAAGCCUUCUUUUUCUCAGGGUUAAAAAUAAGUUUUCCAAAUUGUAUAUUUGUCUUAUGGAUUGCUAUACUGUCAACACUUAAUCUCUCGGGCCACCCACAUGGCAUGGAAGAGGUCUAUCCAGGGGUUGUUCCAAACGCCAGGAGCUUCAGAAAGUUAAACGGAACAAGCUAGAAGAUUUGACUUGCACCCCCAUAAGGCUCUUAGAACCACCUUGUUUUCCAAGCAUGCUAGUUAAAAACCAGGGCUCUGGAGUCAGACAGCCCUGUUCAACUCCUAGCUUUGGCAACUUCCAAGGUAUAUGACCUUGAAGAAUCUCUCAACCUCCAUAAACCUUGUUUUUCCAUCUUAAAAUGAAGAGAGUCCUACGUAGGUACCUAGGAAACAGUACCAACCUCCAAGAGCCGUGUACAGAGUCAAUGAAGUAAUGAAUGCAGAACCCUUAGCACAAUACCUGGCACACAGAAAGGACUGAAUACAUAUUUGAUUGUGUUUCUUAAAACUAGGCUGAACGUAUAAUAAUUUAGGCCACAGAAUGGGGAAAGGAAAAGGGGGAGGGGAAGGAGUUACAAGUGGAUUCUAAUAUCCAGAAGAGGCUCUUUCUGAGGAUAAUGGCUACCCAUGCAGAAGAGACGAGGAACGUGGGCAGGAGCUCAAGCUGCCGAGUUGCUAGGAGAUCUCAGGAAGGCAAGAGAAUGGCGGAGCCACCAGCCUGAGCUUCAGGAGAGGAGUGGGCAGUGAGUGUACAGAUGCCCAGUAAAAUAGAGGGUGCCCCAUGAAGUUAGAAUCUCAGAACAACAAUUUGCUUCAGUGUAAGUAUGUCCCAAAUAGUGCAUGGAACAUACUUACGGUAAAAAAUUAUUGUUUUCCCAGGAUUCCAAUUUAAAUGGGCAUCCUGUUUUUGAGGGGUUUUGUUGUUUUUGUUUGUUUUGCUCUGUUUUGUUUGUUAUUCUUGUUUUGUUUCUGUUUGUUGCUUUGUUUUUUUUUGUUUGUUUACUCGCUGCGGCCACCUGGCCCUAACUGCAGACAGCUGCUCCAGCUGCCGUCACCUCACCCUGGCCCCGAAUUCCCACCUCACGGGGAAGCAGGGAGGAGUCAGAGAAAUCAUGUGUGGGAAAUGGCUGUGCAAACUCCCCAGAAGUAUAAAAUCAAGUGAGGAAGACAUUUCCUUUGGUGGGUGUCGUUAUGAAAACUCUGAAUCAUCAAGCAAAAGCCAGGUCUUUGUAAAUUUUAGGAGAUGUAUGGAAAAUUCCAAGGAGUCUGGGGAGUUUAUUCAGAGCAGGGGCUCUAAAGACCCCAAUGAGAAGGACUAGAUGUGAUGCUUCCCAACUGUCUCUGCACCUUAGUCUCACCUGGAGCGCUUUUCCAGGCCCCAGGCAGCGCCGAGACCAGCGAUGCCAGGAUCUCUGCCAGUGGGACCAGGAGUCCAUGCGGUUCAACGCCUCCAUGUGAUUCCAGCGUGCAGCAGGCUUGCGAGGCAGUGGUAGAAUCCACCUGUGAAAGGGGAGCUGAACAGCUCCCCCAUUCUGCUCCUGAACAGCUGAAUGCCACUAGAGAAAACCACACAUCGGUCAGACAGGACUCUUGAUAAAUUCAGGGUCACCAAUCUCAAGAGAUUCUCAACAUUCCCAGCAUCAAGAAAUACUUGCAGAGUGGGGGAACAUGUAAAGAAGGAACUGGGGAUUCUGAAAUGAAUGCACUGGAUACAGGUAAAGGAACAAGCGAAGGGACGAAGCAAAUACAUCAGUGCAGAAGAGAACCAGACAAGCAGAGUACAUUGGAAGCCAAGAGAAGAGAGAAUUUCAACAAGGCUUGACUGCCAUUGUCUUUUACGGUUGGAAUGCCAAGGCAGUUCUGUGCCAAGCCACAGAAAGAAUGAAAGCCCAGGACUUCCCCUAGGACAACAGCUUCCAUACUAGCUAAAGAGCUCAGAGUGAACGGCGAUGAGGUCAGGAGACCCAGGGACGGGGCACUCUGCUGAGAACUGAACCAGCAACCCCUUGGCUUCUAAUGAGAAAAGACAACCAGAAUGGAACCCAAACCUCAGAAGAGUCCAGGCAAACAAUUUACAUUUUAUUAUGAAAAUGAAGUCUGCAAACAAGAUUACUUUAUUAAAUCACCACCUCCUCAGCUUUUCUUCUCCGCUUCUUCUUGGAAAAAGCGGUUUUUCAUUCUUUCAAAGAGUGGGGAAAGGAGACUUCGUCUUUCCUAUUACAAAGACCAACAUCGCCGAGGGUCCAUUGAAAUUGACCGAAAUUCCAGUGUGGAAGUUGGCAUAAGUGGCCAUGAAAAAAUGCAAUCCAUACAUAAGAUGUUUAAAUGUCACCCUGAUGAGGUGAUGUCCAUCCGAACCACUAACAGGGAAUACUUCCUCAUCGGCCAGGAUAGGGAGAAGAUUAAAGACUGGGUCUCCUUCGUGUCAUCAUUCUGCCAUGGUGGAGAGGCCACACGCCGCAACCCCGAGGAGAAAUUCUCACUGGGUGGUAAAAGGCCCUCUUCAGACCCCAGCCCUCUCCUUGGUCUUUCCAGCCCAUCAGAGACUGUCAGCCGCACCACACCAAGAAACAGUCUUCCAGACAUGUAUUUUAUGGAAAAAAAUUCUCCAGGACUCAGACCAGCUCAUUUACCACAGGAUUCCUUGUCAGAGACUACUGAAGAUACAGAAGAAGAGAGUCAUUAUAUUAGUCCUCGAAGUAUUCUUUUAGAGUUAGAUACUUUUGUUGCUUCCAAUGAUUCUGGCGAAUCUGCUGCAGCUGGCAGUCCAGACCAGUUCUCCGAGGGAACUGAGGAUCAUUACAUGCCAAUGAAAUCCUGUUUUUUCAGAGAGACAUCCCACAAGACUGCUGAUAGCAAAGAGGAAUCCCAGGCCCUUCCAGAGAUCCAGAAUGGGGGGCUUCACUUGCAAGAACAAGGCUCACAAAGUGACUCUUGUCUCCCACCUGCCAAUAUGGAAGCACAGACCACGAAUGACAAAAAGCGGUUGGCCUCACUUACCGUUGUGCAAUUAUCUAUACUAAUCAACAACAUCCAUGAUGAAGGCCAAGUGGAGAAACUAAAUGUGUUCCUUUCUCCUUACGACAUCAUCAAUUAUCUCACUCUCAUAGAAGCUGCAGGACGGAUAUGUGUGGCUCAGUGGCAAGGGCCCCCACGCCUGGGAUGCUUAUUUUUCCACGGAGAUCAUCUUUUGGCCGUGAAUGACCUGAAGCCCCACGGCCUGGACGAGGCCUCCUUGUUUCUCAGCCGGUCUGUCCAGAAGGAGGAAAUAAAACUCACCAUCGGCCGGAUCCCAAAUUCAGAGAAAUUCCAUGCUGUCGGCUGCACGUGCUCGUUAGAAGACGAAGGUGUCGUACCUUUUCAACUGGGUCAGUCUGGACCGGGGAAGACACUGAGGAGGAGUCCAGCCGUUAGAAAGGGUCAGCGCAAAGGAAGUGGAGAGUGACAUGCCAGGACCCACUGCAGAGGAGAGGGGAUGUGCCCUGGGCUCUGCAGGGGCUCUGCCUCUCACCGCUGUGUGUCAGCACAGCUCUCUGAUUUUCUGCAUCGACAUCUUAGUGGCGGGGUAACUCCCCUCUCUGGCUAUUGCAUCGGGGUGUUGAGAGGGCCAAAGGUGAUGAGUAUGGAACACAGAGGAAAUGUAAGGCCUUAUUAUCUCAGACUUUGUCCCACACACCACAGAGACUGGGUAAGUCCCUCAUCUAAAACACACUUGUGUGUUCUGUGAGGUCGCGGUCCACACAAUCCCUUCUUUGUUAGGGCACGCACGGUUGGAAAUGCUCAUUCCAGGAAGGCGAAUGUCCUGAGAGAUGUGAUACCAUAUCAGCCCUCCCCAACACCUCCUGCUACUCGUCAGGCCCCUGUCCAAAAUGCUGAGGCAGAGCCACCUCUUGGACUCAGUAAUUAUCUUGUUUUCUUAAAGACCCAGUAACUAUUCUAGAAGUCGAAGCAGUUUUAGGUCAUAUACAGCAAAGAGCUGUUUUCUCUACAAGGAGUUAAGGCAACGACUUCGCAUUUCUGAGUUUGAAAGGUCUUAACUAAUUGAUACAGUAAUUCAUUGAUCCUACAAGGCCAAAAACAUCAAAUCUUUUUUCAUAAACAGGAAAACAGAGGCAGAGAAUGAAAGGACUAAUCAAAUCUGGGAACGUUAGGGCAUCAGGAGGCUUCAGAAAAUAUAUCUUACCACGUUGUCAUUUUGUGCAGGAAGACAUCAAGGUCCCAAAUGUUUCAUACAAACAAAACAGAAACAGACUCAUAAAUACAGAGAAAAAACUGGCGGUUGUGCGAGGAGGGGGAGGGGGGACAGGGAAAGUAGGCAAAGGAGAUUAAAAGGGACAAACUUCCAGUUAUAAAAUAAGGAAGUCUUAGGAUGAAAAGCGUAGUGUGGGGAACAGGGUCAAUGAUAGCGCGAUAGCGUUGUGUGGUGACUGCAUUAACGGUGGUGACCAGGGUGUAAUAUACAGGAUUGUUGAAUCACUCUGUUGUACACCUGAGUCUAAUAGAACACGGUAUGUCCAAGAGUAUCAGUAAUCAUAAUAUACUUCCUCUGUGGUUCCCAGUUUCGUAGCUGUUUAGUGGCAGAACCAAGAAUCUAAAACCAGCCCUGAGAAACAGAUGUCCUGACCCUCACUCUGUGUUUGGACUGAGGUUUGAAAAGACCUUCAGCAGAUAGAAGACACAUUUCAAAUACAGAUCUGUUAUCCAGAUUGUCUAAAAAUUCUUACCUACUGUUUCUUUUUUGAAGCUGGAUUGAAGACUCCUUUUCCCUAGUUUUAUGAAAUGUAGUUGACAUAAGGCGUUGCAUUGGGUCCAGGUAUACAACGUAAUGAUCUGAUGUGUGUAUAUUCUCCUGCUGUUUCUACUUCUAGAAAUCUGUGCUACCGAAGUACUCACUCAACACAAAGAUUCUUUUGUAAUGUUCACUGUAGCAUUGUUCGUAAUAAAAAAAAAUUCUUCAGGGAUUGCCUAAUGUCGAGGACUUCAUGGGAUUGGAUGCUGUGCAGAUGUUCAAUGUUCUGCAUGGAGUCGCAGGAAGGUGUUUACAGUGUAGUAAGGACGACAAAAGCAGGUUGCGGGGCGCCUGGGAGGCUCAGUCGGUUAAGCGUCUGCCUUUGGCUUAGGUCAUGAUCUCAGGGUCCUGGGAUUGAGUCCCACAUCAGGUUCCC